CACAGGAAGCCGCGUUAGAGUCAACUAAUGUGAAACAGACCUCAGGACAGAGAGUACCUGCUCACAGUGAACAGAUCUGCACACAGGAUGGUCGCAACCGCUCACAUCGUGGGGACGCUGAUCCUGCUUUCUUUUAUCAGACCAGGUGUAGAUGGAGAAGAUGAUCUGAUAUUUACACAGGGGGGUUAUGAAAUCACAUUUCCCUGUGAAGAGGACAUUGAUGUGGUCUGCUUUCAUAUGUGGAAGCUCAGCGGAAGCCAAAGUCAGGACAUUGGCAUCGUCAGUAAUGGAGAGAUCGAGAGUUUCAAAUCAGUUGACAACAGCUGCACUCUACGAAUGGAACAUCUCACAACAGAGGAUGUCGGACGCCAUCGCUGCCAUGAAAGGUCAAAUGGCCUCUCUACUAAGACCUUGAUCUCUGCCCCGGAGUUAAAACUCCUGCCCGGCAAAACAGUGUCGCUGCAGUGUGUGUUACUCUCCUUCUUGGAGAAUGCACAUUGCCUCAACGGUCUUGAUCAGUUGAUCAGCCUGACGUGGGUGGACGAAGCCGACGCUGAGAUACAAGACGACGCCCAGCAUCAGAUAACUCAUCGGCCCCAUUGUGAUGUAACUCUGACUGUCGCCUUUCAAAGUCCCAAGAGCUUGAAGUUCAGGUGUCGGGCGACUGUGAAUGGACGGGUCCAGACUUCAGAGGAGCUGUUGGUCAGAGCUCCAGCUCCGAAAGGGAAGGGAAGAGGCCUGGUCAUAGACCUGGAUUCUGAAACUCAAGGUAGUAACCACGACACUAUCGGGGCGGCCGUGGGAGUGGCAGGCUUUGUGGUUUUGGCCGUGGUGGUUGCAGUGUUUGUUCUGAACAGAAGAAGAACAAACAACCAGCUGCCUGACGAGCCCUUUUCAGACGUGAACAGUACAGUCGUCAUGGAUACAGACGAUGUCAUCUACGCUGACAUUAUUCUCCCCGGCGGCUCUGACAGAGUGUGGGUCCCUGACGUGGAGCCCACUGAAUACUCCUGUGUCCAAUACAAAUAGUCUUCUGUCCAAUAUAUAAAUAUAUAUAUAAGUUACAGUGUAUAUUUUCUUUGUUUGUGAGCUCCACUUGUGCCACUGCCGUACAUCCCAAUAUUUUGAAACACUCCACAUCAGAUCAUUGUACUGUUACUGUAGCCAACACAUUAGUCGAUGAGGGAUUUAGCUAUUUACUUUGAUGAUUCAGUGGUGAGAUAUGAAAAGAUGUGAGAGGUAUUUAAACAAUCUACCUCAAUGCAUUUACUUAUGUUUUUUAGAAAUGACCCGCUUUUAAACAGCAGGUGAACCGUUUGUGUACAAUUACGUAUAAAUCGGUAAAUCAAGA